AUGAGUGAUCAUAAUGGAAGCGGAGAAGGCAUAUACAAGUUUUCUAAGUGUGCCUUUUCUUCUGAGGAUUCAACAGGUUUUCACACCAUUUACAUAGCAGCAGAUAAGUUAGCAACUGUAGAAGAAAAUGGUCCAAUGAGAAUUUCUGCAAGACAGAUUGUAUUUUCUCACAAUUCUGACAAAGUCACCUUCAUGUUUUACAUCAGGAAGAGUCUUCAUGGAAUCUGUCAGCCAUCUAACACCAGCCAAUGUGGAGAGUAUCGCAUUGCUCAAAAAAGUGGCUUGAAUUUGGCAUUUCUUGGACUCUCGGAUGUGCAGAUCAAAACGCUGAAGCCUGGAGUUAGAGUCCCAGGUCUCGUCAAAUUUUCACUGAAAUUUGUGUCAAAAAAUACCAUCUUAUCAGAGGCCACUCAUGAAGAUGAAAAAGGCACCAUCACAUAUCUAACCAUAGCUUUAGCCAAAGGAACCAGUCUCAGUAAAGAAAUGUAUGAUAAGUAUUUAAAGAUGACCAACACCAGACUCAUUCCUAAAGAAAAUAUCCAAGAACUCAUCAAAUCAGAUGGCUCCAACCUGGAGAUGAUUGUCACAGCAUCUUCAUAG